CAGAACUACAGCUGGGCGGGCACAGCUCAGCCGGCAGCUGUGAGCUUCUAGAAGCCAGCCCAGACCACUGGGUGGACACCGAGCAGCCAGGACCAGACCCUGCAGACAGCCUUCUGGGCCCAGACAUCCACCGACAACUGUGACUUAUCCACACAGGUAAACCUUUGCUUGGUGUCAAUAGUCAGGUGUCUGUCCACUCCUGCUCCAACUGAAAGAACUUCUUGUCCUUGUCUGCAGCCAAGCCCUGCAGGCCCAGCCCAUGGAGGCAUGCUGGGGUUUGAGGCCGGUCAACAGCUCCGAGGGGGGCUUGGAGUUCAACCCGAUGCAGGAUUACAUGAUCCUCAGCCCUUCCCAGGCGGCCGUGGUCGGGGUGCUCUGCCUGCUGCUGGGCCUGCUGAGCGCCCUGGAGAACCUGGCCGUGCUCUACCUCAUCGUGUCCUCGCGCCGGCUCUGCAGGAAGCCCUCCUACCUCUUCAUCGGCAGCUUGGCCGGGGCUGACCUCCUGGCCAGCGUGGUCUUCGCCUACAACUUCGUCAUUUUCCACGUCUUCCAUGGCAGGGACACCAUGACUGGGUUCCUGCUCAAGAUCGGCAGUGUGACCUUGACCUUCACAGCCUCUGUGGGCAGCCUGCUGCUGACCGCAGCUGACCGCUACCUCUGUCUGCUCUACCCACCCGCUUACAAAACUCUCCUCACCCGGGGGAGGGCGCUGGUGGCCUUAGGUGUCAUGUGGGUCGUCUCGGCGUUCAUCUCCUACCUGCCUCUCAUGGGGUGGACUUGCUGCCCCAAGCCCUGCUCGGAGCUUUUCCCACUGAUCCCCAAUGAUUACCUUCUGGGCUGGCUCCUCUUCAUCGCCCUCCUCUUCGCCGGCAUCAUCUACAUCUAUGGGCGCGUCCUUUGGAAGGCCCACCAGCACGCAGUCAGGUUGGCAGAGCACCAAGAGAGCCAGGUGGCAGGAAUGGUCCGGAUGAGGCUGGAUGUGAGGUUGGCGAGGACCCUGGGGCUGGUGCUGGCUGUGCUGCUCCUCUGCUGGCUGCCUGCCUUGAGCCUCAUGGUGUACAGCCUGGCCACGCCGCUGAGCCGCCAGGUCAAAGAGGCCUUCGCCUUCUGCUGCAUGCUGUGCCUGGUCAACUCCAUGGUCAAUCCCGUCAUCUACGGCCUGCGCAGCGGGGAGAUCCGCUCCUCCGCCCACCAUCGCCUGGCCCGCUGGAGGAAGUUCCUGUGGGACCGCGACCUCCAAGGGAAAGAAGAAGCCGCCAGGUCUUCAGUCACGGAGACGGAGGCGGAUGGGAAGUUCACCUCCGAUCACACUCCAGAAUCCUGUGCUGCUCCGACAGACUGAGGGGACCUCUGUCUCUCCUGCCACCAAUCCACAGACAUCAGUUCUCAUCCUGGGGGUGGAGGAAGGGGUCCUGGCCCUCAUCGUCCAGGGGACUGGACAUGGGUCCCACCCAUCCCUUGCACCCCCUUUUAUUUUGUCUUUUGCUAAGUGGGGGGACUGGGACUCAGGAGACCUAAAAAGAAUGACUGUUCAAAGCGCUCAGGGUAUCCUGACCAGUGCCAGCUAGGCCAGCAACUUCGUUCCCAUCAUCCAAGGCUGUCUUCCUGCUGAAGCCUGGCAUGACCCGCCAGCUCUUGUUCCUGUCACCCUUACCCACCCUGAGCCCCCCAGCAUGGUGACGGGAUGGGGAGCAAGGGGAUUCACGCACGCACGCACACACACACACUCACAGCUUUCAGAGGAGAGAAACCUCAAGUCAUCAGAUGAGGCAUCUGGGUGUUCAAGGCAGGGGCCCAGACCCUCACUCUGAUAGUCCUCUCUCCCAGCUACAGGGCCACCCAGGUCCCUGGGGGACCAGGGGAGGCUGGGUUCACUGUGACAAUGACUGUUCAGAAAACUAUGCUGAUCCCAGGGUGUCCUGUGUACAGUCACAAAGAUUCCCUAAGCCCCCAGCAUGUUCCAAGUCCUGCCCCCCGCCCGACUUCUGCUCAACCCCUUCCUUCUCCACACCUGCCACAGAUGAUAAGCAAAUAACCAGGAAGGUGGGGGGGAGGAGGAUUCUUAGCCAUCGGCUGUCCGGGCACAGGCAGGACAAAGUCCAGUGGCUGAGCUAGAGUUCAGCUGGAGAUUCUGAAGAUAGCAGGGUGCCCGGAUUUUACAUGGGGAACAGGGGCCUGGGUUCCCAGGACACAGGCUUGAAACCAGCAGGUGAGAGAAAUGGUGGGUGGAGGAUACAUUCUGACUCUGCCCCCCUUAUCCGGACCACAGAUGCAAUAAAAGGAAGGAGUG